AUGGCCACCUCCGUCGCCUCCAAACGCCUCUUCACCGAAUACAGACACCUAACCAACGACCCUCCACAAGGCAUAACCGCGGGCCCGGUGACGGAAGACGACAUCUUUAUCUGGGAAGCUCUGAUCGAGGGCCCAGAGGGCACGCCGUUCGAGGGCGGCGUCUUCCCUGCUGAGCUCAAGUUCCCCAAGGACUACCCGCUCGCGCCGCCAACAAUGAAGUUUACGUGCGACAUAUGGCAUCCAAAUGUCUACCCCAACGGCAACGUCUGCAUCUCGAUCCUGCACGCGCCGGGGGAUGACCCGAACCACUACGAGCACGCCUCGGAGCGCUGGUCGCCGAUCCAGAGCGUCGAGAAGAUACUGAUCUCGGUCAUGAGCAUGCUGGCCGAGCCGAACGACGAGAGUCCUGCGAAUAUCGACGCCGCGAAGAUGUGGAGGGAGCGCAGGGGCGAGUAUGAGAGGCGGGUGAGAGAGAAUGUUAGACGGGGAUUGGGGCUGUAG